AUGGCACCUGAGCAUCGAAAAGGCGGCUUCAGGGCUGGGAAUGCCCAGCGACAGGUGGAGCCCGCUUCAUCUAUCCUGGCGGCACACUUCGCCCCGCUAGCAUCUCAAGGACAUGAAACGCAUCGCCUGUCCCGAGAAACUUUCUCGCAGCUUCGCCAGGAGCUUCUGGGAGAAAGGCAAAGUCAAGUCCGGGUCGAUGAGGGCAUCACAGACAUCAACAAGCUCAUAUGUAUCGUUCUCAAAGCCGGCCUGGAAGUAAACCCGAGCAACAUCACUUUAGCAAAUGAUUUGCAGGGUCAAAUUCUGGACUGUCUCGAUAUCAUACAUGCAGGCAUUGAGAAAGCGCCCCAGGUGUUGCUGGAAGAUUCGGAUCCUCUUAUCUUAGGCGAGGAUGCCCCGGCACCAUUACAGCAGCUGAGAGAGUCCAUUUUACCUGCAUUUGAAGAAAUCAAGAACAAGAACGGUACCUUGCGGCCGAUGGAGCCAGAUCUUUGGGCCGCAAUAGAGUUUCUACAGCGUAACCUGCCUAGCGACUCAAAGCAUGCCGAAGAAGCUACUGGUGAUCCACAUGAUGCUAUGGAGACAGAAAAGACAGCUCCGGUCCAGAUGAUUGGGGGAUCCCAUGAUGAGCAACAGCAAAAUGGAGACUCGCGAGCCUCGAAGCGCAUUUGCAUUGCUGUUGAAUCCACUGAUUUGGACUUGUUGUCCUCUUUCAUGGGAAAAAUGUCGACCGUGUUAAAUUGCGACAGUACCGGGGGGUUAGCAGGCGUGCACACUGCCCUACAGGCAUCAUACGAUGGGCUUGCUGAGACUCAAAGGUCCGAGGUACUGCAUAUCAUGGGAAAGAUGUCUUGUGCCAUCAUAGGGGGUCUUAAGCAAAAAUCAUCGGAUAUUCUAGGCCGAGACACAGUUCUCUGUCAAACCUGUGACCUGGGAGAAGAUGGUCAUCGAAUCGCUGCCGAGGAAGAUAAAGCCAACUUUGAGGAAUUAUGGAAGAUGUUCAACCUCACCCUUCCAAAGCUCACGCGAACACCUGGUCCCCGAAUAGCUGCCAUGGUUGCGCUGAAAAGACUUUUGAUACACUCCCCUUUCAUUCAAUCGUGGCAUUUAGUCUCGGACGAAGAAGAAAAGAACAUCAUUCUUUUGCGUCUCUUGGAGUACCUUGGCCACUCGAAUCCCUACAUAUGUGCGGUAUCGUACAAUGAGUUGUCUAAACUUGCACAAUCCUUCAGCUUAACACCUGCUGGCUUAUUCAGACCAUACUGGAGAACAUUGUCUGUGGAAGUGGUCAAAAACCUUCAGUCUCGACCAUAUAUGGCCGAGCAGCUCUGCGAACUACUUGGUAUGAAGGUCGAUAGCUUUUUACGACUAACAGAGGUUUACGUACUUCCGUAUCUGGUCUUGACGAGAAAGAGAGACAUCAUUGCUCGCAUUGGGGCGAGUCGAGAUGAAGCCGAGUCGCCUUUCGACGAAUGCAAGAAUCCAGAAGUUAUGAUUAUGUCUCUCUUGGCAGAAAUAGAUCCGGCUUUCAAGGGGCGCACUCUGGCGGAGUUGGUGCGAAUCGAGCCAAUCCUCAUUGCUUGCGAUCUGUUGAAAAGCUUAGGGGAUGCUAGCGAACAGACCAAGGAAAGGUUUCAUCAAGCACUCCGCCGCCUAGCCAAGUUUGUUCCUAGAAAGCUUUCACACGGGAGCUCCAAGAAGGCGGAUUUGCUCAGCCACUUUAUCGAAGAACAUGUUCUCGGAAUCAUCACUCAAUUUGCAAACGCAAUUAACGAUUUCCAAGUCAGACAGACCUUAGCAGAGAAAAGGCGUAACUUGAAAGCGAUUGAAGAAAUGAUCAAUAUCGCAAGAGGUCAUGUCAGCAAUGCAUUACCUCAGGUUUGUGCUUGUCUUCGCUCUGCACUCGAGAUCGAGGAGUUGUGUGAUCAGGCCUUCUCCGCAUGGAAAACCUUGAUUAGCACUCUCAGUGCGGAAGAUGUCGAACCCCUUGUCGAUCAGACAUUGGCAAUUGUGAUUCGAUACUGGACAAAAAUGACCGAGGAGAGCAGGAAACAGGCCUAUAAUCUCAUAGACCAUAUGUUGACAACCCACUCAAACCUUUUGCGGGACACUUUCAACACGAUGCCCUCUCUAGCUUCCAUACCGGAAAUGGCUCCGUUCGAGGCCAAGAUUAACGAACUGCGUGCGGAGAUGGACGUCCGGAGCCAACUUCUUGCCUUGAUCCGUCGCUGCCAAGGCGAGAAUGGGACUGUCGUGGAGCAGGCAUUGAACGAAUUACUUCCCUUCCUUUCCGAUAAUGAAGAAUUCCUGCAUAUGUCUGCUCUAAGUGAGCAACCUGAUCCUGUGCUAGCACAACUUACUAGAGCAUUGCUAGAUUGUUGUGUUAAAUUCAACGCCAAUUCUGAUCGAAUCACGUCGCUGUCAGCACGGUGCUUGGGUCUUGUUGGAUGUCUGGACCCCAAUCGAGUGGAGACAAUCAAGGAAAAGAAAGAUAUUCUUGUGCUGUCGAACUUCGAUCGAAUGGAAGAGACUGUUGAAUUUGUCCUCUUCUUUCUCCAGCAUGUGCUAGUUGAAGCAUUCUUGUCGGCUUCCAACACAAGAGCUCAAGGGUUCUUAGCAUACGCCAUGCAAAAUCUCCUUAAGAUCUGCCACUUGCAUACUUCUGUUGCUCAAAACUCCCGUGCCCUCCAGGGCGAUGAACAAUAUCAGCGCUGGCUUGAACUUCCGGAAGGAAUCAGAAGUACUUUAACGCCGUUUCUCACAUCUACUUACACAGUGACCAUCGGCGCGACAAACCCCACAGUCGAAUAUCCUCUCUUCUCUCCUGAAAUGACACACAGUGAAUGGCUCCGAACUCUCGUACAAGACUUGCUCCAAACUGGUAAUGCCGAUAAUGUGAAACUCAUAUUUGCCGUAUGCAGUCGCAUUGUGAAGGGCCAAGAUAUCUCGAUCUCAUCCUUUCUCUUGCCAUUUGCAGUCCUCAACCGCGUUGUUGGAGGUACAGUACAAGAACAGCUAGAUGUUCAGAAUGAACUGAUGAAAGUGCUGUCGCAUCCUCUUCCCGACACGAACAAUGCUGAUCGGGACACAAUAAUUUGCAGUAGCCAGAGUGUUUUUGAAGUCCUUGAUUAUCUGUCAAGGUGGUUACAGGGAAAGAAGAAACAACUCAAUACUGUAGGCAACCAUUCGCAUCAAUCUAGUCGUUCCAACCGAGAAGGAGGUCGAGAUUUCCUUGUCGACAAAUAUACGCCUCAGAUCAAGUCGGUUGAGGCUCUUCUGGCUGCGAUACCGCCUGAGAUCAUUUCCAAACGUGCUGUGGAAUGUAAAUCUUUCUCUAGAGCUUUGUUCCAUUGGGAGCAAUACAUCCGGAGAUGGAAUUCAUCAUCCCCAGAGCCCAAAGAUGGAGCAAGUGCUGAGCCUCUUUAUCAAAGACUACAAGACAUAUACAGUCAAAUUGACGAACCAGAUGGGAUAGAAGGAAUUUCUAUUCAUCUUUCCGCGCUCGACGUUGAUCAGCAAGUAUUAGAGCAUCGAAAAGCAGGUAGAUGGGCCACGGCGCAAAGUUGGUAUGAGCUUCAGCUCGAAAAGGAGCCCGAGAAUCUGGACGCGCAGUGGAAUCUGAUUACCUGCCUCAAAGAAUCAGGCCAGCAAGAUGCUAUUCUCACUCGCUUUGAAGCCUUUAAAGAAGACGACGCUGCGACUUCACGAUUUUUGCCAUUCGCAGUUGAGGCAUCAUGGAUCACAAGUAGAUGGUCUAAGCUCCAUGGCUAUCUCAAGUCGUGUGCUGAGCAAGGUACUGGCGACUUCAAUGUGGGAAUCGGCUCGGUUCUCCGCACUCUUCAGGAACGCCAGCAAAAGGACAAUGCCGAAGAGCAGAAGAAAGAUGACUUCACCAGAAUUAUCAAUGAGCUUAGACUCAACGUCGCAAAGUCGUUGACAGCGAAUUCUGUCACUUCGUUGCAGUCGUGCCAUGACGACAUGCUCCGAUUGCAUGCUCUGGCAGAUGUCGAGGCUAUAGCUAACGCAGGUGCCGCAAAUCCUGCCUAUCCAGAUUUGAAAGCUGCUCUCAAGCGACGAUUGGAUGUUCUGGGGGGUUACAUCGCUGACAAACAGUAUCUCUUGGGUAUAAGACGAGCAGCUAUGGAGCUAGCGGGCGGCUUUGUCGAUUUCGAUAUAUCUACUGCUUGGCUUACAAGCUCCCAUCUUUCCCGGAAGGGAAAGUUCACCACCCAGGCUUAUCAUUCCAUGCUUAAUGCAGCGCGACUCAAGGAUGGUUCGGCCACCAUUGAACACGCAAAACUUCUCUGGCAAGAUGGACAUCACCGUAAAGCAAUUCAGACUCUUGAAGGAGCCAUAGCUGCUAAUGAAACGACCUCUACGACCUCUACUUCGAAUGAAUCUGAUACACUGUCAUUUGUUUCCACUCGUGGUCAAAAGCAAAACGAUAUUCCUGCCAGGGCGCACCUCCUGUUGGCGAAGUGGACUGAUAGAGCUGGUCAAACCCAUUCUCAGGCCAUUGUCCAGCGAUACCGAGAAGCUAUCAAGCUAAAUCCAAGGUGGGAGAAAGCUCAUUACUAUUUGGGGAAACACUACAACAAAAUCUUGGACUCAGAAAAGGCCAAACCCAUGGGUAAAGAGGCUCAAAUAUAUCUGAGUGGAGAAGCUACUAAGUUGGUGAUUGACAAUUACCUCCGUUCAUUAACCUAUGGCAGCAAAUAUGUGUUCCAGACUCUACCAAAGCUUUUGACUCUCUGGUUAGAGCAUGCCUCCAUUGUGGAUCAACCCAUUGACCCAAAAAGAGGAGAUAACGAGGAGUUUCAGAGGCACACAAAGACACAACGGCAGAAAAGUCUGGAUGAGAUGCAUACGCAGUUGAAAAAAUACAUCUCGUCUCGCCUCCAGCCUGCCUUGUUGUUUACCAUUCUUCCUCAAGUUGUGGCUCGUAUCUGUCACCCAAAUAACACAGUCUACGACCUGUUGACCAGAAUUGUGACCAAAUCUGUCCAUAACUUCCCCCAACAAGGUCUUUGGACAGUUCUGGCUGUAGUGAAAUCUUCAAAUAAAGAUCGAGCUACAAAAGGCUAUAACUGCCUCCAGAAAAUCACGGAGUUUACCACAAAACACAAGGCUGACAUCUCGUCUCCUGAUAUUCGGCGAAUGAUAAACUCAGGCCAAAAGUUCUCGGAGGAGCUACUCCAGUUGUGUCUUGCUCGUGUUGAGGAUAGAGUCUCUAAGGUCCAUCUUGCUCGCACUCUUGGGUUUAAUCAUAAAGUUGCACCAUGCCGACUUGUCGUACCGUUUCAAGCCAUGUUGAUUCCGAGUCUCCCCACAAGUCAUGAUUCAGAGUAUUUGAAAGGAUUCAGAGCUUUCCCGAGGGAUCCCACGACCAUUGAAGCUGUUCUCGAUGAGGCUCAAAUCUUGAACUCGCUUCAAAAGCCACGCAAGAUCAGUAUCCGUGGUUCUGACGGGAAAAUUUACAAUGCACUUUGCAAACCAAAAGAUGAUUUGCGAAAGGAUCAGCGACUCAUGGAGUUCAACAACAUGAUUAAUCGAUUCCUGAAGCGCGACGUUGAGGCCAGCAAGAGAAGAAUGUACAUCAAAACCUAUGCAGUCACGCCACUAAAUGAAGAGUGUGGUUUGAUUGAAUGGGUAGACAACCUUCGUACACUGAGGGAUAUUAUCAUCAAGCUUCUCCGCGAGAGAGGAGUUGCGCCAAACUAUACCGAAAUCAAGCAUUAUCUCAAUGAGAUCUGCGCGGACAGGUCGCUUUCCAAGCUACCACUCUUCACCACCAAGAUUUUGGACAAGCUCCCUCCUGUCCUCCAUGAGUGGUUUGUUGAAAUGUUCCCUGAAACUGAGGCUUGGUUCACAGCAAGAAUGCGGUAUACAAGGUCUUCAGCUGUGAUGUCUAUGGUUGGAUACGUUUUAGGACUCGGCGAUCGACACGGAGAGAACUUGUCAUUUGAAGAAGGAACUGGAGGCAUCUUGCAUGUCGAUUUCAACUGUCUAUUCGACAAGGGCCAAACAUUCGAGAAACCCGAAGUGGUUCCAUUCCGACUGACACAAAAUAUGAUUGACGCAUUUGGCGCUUACGGAUAUAAUGGACCCUUCCGACGCACCUGCGAAAUCACCAUGAGCCUCCUUCGUCAAAACGAGGAUGCGUUGAUGACCAUCCUAGAGACCUUCCUACAUGACCCAACCACCGACUUCAUCGGGAAAAGACGUCGUAAUCAUACAAAUGUUCCAGACACGCCGGCCGGUGUCCUUGAGGAUGUUCGAAACAAACUUCGGGGGUUCAUGUCUAAGCAGCCCAUCCCUCUCUCAGUAGACGGGCAAGUUGAUGAGCUGAUUGUGCAGGCAACUGACAAGAAGAAUCUAGCGGCCAUGUACAUUGGAUGGUGCUCGUUUUUCUAA